AUGUCUAUGGACACACCUCCUUUUGACCCUUCAGACUAUUCUUAUGUUAUUGGUAUAGAUUUUGGAACUACUUUUUCUGGUUGUUGUUAUGCAUUUUCAAAAGACGGAAAUGAUGAAAUUAUUGAUAUUACAAAAUGGCCAAAGCAGCAAAAUGUUUAUCCAAAGACACCGACACUCUCUCUCUAUAGAAACGGCUCAACUAAACUCGUUGCCUGGGGCCAAGAGGCAAAAAAGUUAGCCAUGAAACGAAACAAUAACGAUCAACUCUUGUCUCGAUUCAAACUUCAAUUAGACGAGAAUCUUAAUUUGCCACCUUUGCCUAAUGGACUGACAGCACUUGAGGCCAUUACAGAUUACCUCGAAGCAUUUCACAAUCAUGUCUGUAAAGACCUUCAACGUGGGUUCGCCAAUAAUUAUGACCAGAGCAAGUUCCGUUAUUGUCUGACGGUACCAGCCAUGUGGAGCGAUCAAGCAAAGGCUACGAUGCGAGAGGCAGCCAUUAGAGCCGGUAUUAUCAAUCGAUGGGACCACCCCAGCCGACUGAUGUUGAUCAGCGAACCAGAAGCAGCUGCGCUCUAUUGUGAAAAGAAGUGCGAUCAAUUCAAUCUUGGCCAUGGACAGCGAUUCUUGAUCUGUGAUGCUGGUGGAGGUACUGUUGACUUGAUCGUGUUUGAAAUUGAUGAUUCUGGAGAAAGAAGGGCAUUAAAGGAAGUAACCAAAGGAUCGGGUGAUUCUUGUGGUUCAACCUUUUUGGAUAUUCGUAUGAGAGAGUACUUGAAGGACCGGUUCUACCAUCACGGCAAGAUUAGUGAUACGGCUAUGGAGUCCAUGAUGGAAACAUUUAUUGAUACCAUCAAGCCUGAAUUUGAUGGGGAUGAAGAUCAAUACCUUGCGCUUCCUGCUGCUUUAGGUAUUGAAGGUGCUGAUGAUCCAGAUGCGGGUAUUGAAGAUGGUACACUUCACAUUCCAUGUCAUGAAUUGCGCCAAAGGGUGUUUGAGCCUGUCAUCAACCAGGUAAUUGAUCUGAUCGAAGAACAGGUUCAACAAUCCAAGACAAAAUUAGACGCUAUUUUCCUUGUUGGUGGAUUCGGUCAGUCGACAUACCUCUAUCGACGUGUUCUUGCCGAAUUUCAAUCUCGCGUCGGAUUCAUCGGUGUGCCUCCUCGUGGUGAAUUGGCUGUCGUCCGUGGAGCAGUCUAUUUCGGAUUGAAUCCUCGUAUGGUGACUGAACGUGUAUCCAGACGUACCUAUGGUCUCGAAACUCGCAUGGUCUUUGACCCUCGAUACGAUCCUCCUGAACAGUGCAUUAAGGGGGAUGAUAACCGAUUAUUCUGUAAACAACGAUUUAGUGUUUAUGUACAAAAAGGUCAAGCCAUCAACGCAGAUUAUUGUGUAUCCAAAAACUUUAUGAUUGCUUAUCCAAACGAUACAGAUACAGACUUGUUUGCCUAUGACGGUGAUGGACCUAUUCCACGAUUGACGACACAUCCUCAAGUAUUUAAAGUAGCUCGAUUCCCUAUCAAGAUGCCCAAGUUCCCAGAUGUCCAAAAGGGUCAACCCAUCUUUAUGACCAUCAAAAUGUACUUUGGUCAAACAGAAAUCAAGAUCGAAGCUCAAAUUCGAGAUCGUAAAUUCACAUUCACCUCUGCCUUUGAAACGAUGGAAAGAGAGAUGAUGCAUUCCUUAAGCGCACAGACCAAUCUGUUGACGAUCAAACCAGAUGAUUCCUCAGCCUCAUUUUAUCAAGGCACCAGUCAAAGUAAUACAUCAGGGUCCAAUCUUUCUACUACUCGUCCACCCUCUUCUCGUGAUCUUGGUUAUCCUUCACCCAGCUCUAAAAAAGAGAAUGAUGAUAAUACCUUUUAUGAUGGAGAUUCAAGACAUUCUUCGACAUUUAAUGAUCGUAGCUCAGCGAGAAAGAUAUUUGGCAUCAAGUUUGGCAAGAAACGAUAA